CAGAUAUACUACACCACCCCCGGCCGCCUUCCCCGUCUCCUCACUCCUCUGCCUGACUCCACGCGGCCCGCCAGAUGGCGAUGGCUCUGCGCCGCCUCGCGGGCGCAUCCGGCUCGCCGUCGGCGGCCGCGCGGCAGCUCCGGCCUGCGCUGACCCGCCCGAUCUCCACCGGCUUCCGCGAGGAGCGCGUCUCAUUCGGCGCCAUCCGCGUCCCCGACAACAAUCUGUGGGGCGUACAGAUGCUGUGGCAGGGCGGGCACCCGCAGAUACCGCUGCAGAUGCGGAUGCAGAUGCAGAUGCAGAUGCAGAGGCAGAUGCAGAUGCAUAUGCUGUGGCAGGGCGAGCGGGAGCAGAUGCCACUGCCUAAGGUAAUUGCUAAUAGGGCAGCUCAGAUACUUGGACAUAAGCGUGAUGAUAAGUUGGUACACCCUAAUGACCAUGUGAACAGGCCACAGUCCUCAAAUGAUACAUUUCCCACUGUUAUGCACAUAGCAGCAGCUGUAGAGAUCAAUUCAAGGUUUAUCCCAUGCUUGGAUCAGUUGCAUAAGUCACUUCUUUCAAAGUCUGAUGAGUUCAAAGACAUCAUUAAAAUUGGGCGUACGCAUACCCAAGAUGCCACCCCGUUGACUCUUGGUCAAGAAUUCAGUGGUUAUGCUACACAGGUGAAGUAUGGAAUUGAUAGAAUUUCAUGUACCUUACCAAGGAUGUAUCAGCUUGCUCAAGGUGGGACUGCAGUUGGCACUGGCCUGAACACCAAGAAAGGAUUUGAUGUCAAAAUUGCUGCUGCAGUGGCCGAGGAAACAGAUCUACCUUUUGUGACAGCAGAGAACAAGUUUGAAGCUUUGGCAGCGCAUGAUGCUUCGGUUGAGAGAAGUGGUGCCACGAAUACAGUUUCUGCAUCUCUUAUGAAGGUAGAAAAUGACAUGCGCUUGCUGGGAAGCGGUCCUCGUUGUGGACUUGGUGAACUUAUCCUACCAGAAAAUGAGCCUGGAAAGGUUAAUCCUACCCAGUGUGAGGCUUUGACCAUGGUUUGCGCUCAGGCGGCGCAAGAUGCUUUUGUUGAGAGUAGUGGCGCUGUGAACACAGUUCCUGCAUCUCUUAUGAAGGUCGCAAAUGACAUACACUUGCUUGGAAGUGGCCCUCGUUGUGGUCUUGCUAAACUUAUCCUGCCAGAAAAAGAGCCUAGAAGCAGCAUUAUGCCUGGAAAGGUUAAUCCUACACAGUGUAAGGCUUUGACCUUGGUUACUGCUCAGCAGAUCAUGUCACCGAUGAUUCCAACUCUUGGGCGGCGCUGGAUUUGGAAUGGUAGUCCUCCGCCUCCUCCUGAGUUCCCAUACUCUCCAAGAAGUUACACCCUCGAUGAUUAUGCAAAACAGUUCCCUCUGGUAAUGGAAGUGCCAAACUGGCGUGCUAAAUUUCCUGGCACACGGAGACUUGGAAGCAGAUGGUUCUGGCAGGAUAAAGGCCAGACUUUCACGCACUCUCUGGUGAAAGAGGUCACUGACCUGCACAAGGCGGGUAAUUGCUUUGUGAAGCUGACAAAGGAUGACUUCUACGUCGACAACAGUGGUCGAGUUAAAAUCAAGCCUGGAGCAAAAAUUAAGGCUUUCUCUUUCGCAGCAGAACAGGAGGACAGAAACAAUCUGCAUUCUGUUUUGAUGUCCUUGUUGCCUCCGGAGGACGAACUUCCAAAGGAUAUCUUAAGCAUGUCCAAGCAGAUACUGUCUCCUCAUCAAGAUGUUCUGCCAGUUGAGUGGCAUACAACUUUCAUACCAGUCUCAAGGAUUCCGGAAGCUAUUAUGCGGCUACAUGACCAGAUUAUCGUCUUACGGCCGUCUUCUAUUACCACUCGCUAUGUCGUGGCCCGGGUUUCCUUCGAUUCUGGAUGGCAAGCAGGUCUUGCUGGAAGUUAUCUUCUUUUGAUGUUUCUUUUGGGAAGAUUCAAGUUGGGCGGUGGUUUCUCAGAUAAUGCAAAAGGCCUGAUUGUGUUUCUGCGAAUUGUGACAUGUCACAGAGUAGAUAUGGUCAGGAAGUUUCUAGGCAAAUAUGAAGCUAAGGACAUACCAAUGCUCAUUAAGGAUGUGUGCCCGCUGCUUCUGCAAGAGUUCUUUAAUGCUUAUAUGGAGAGAGGAGAGAUUAGGGACCUGAACUUCAAAGAGUUGUAUUGAUUCGGGAGGAAUCUGAUUCUCACCUGUGAUUUCUGUUGUAGAAACUGAUCUUUCAUAGUUAGUUUUUGAACAUUCUGCUAUGAACUGAACUGUAGUGCUAAUUUGUCUUCUUCCUAAUGUACUUGUUCCGUCCUCCCUCACCAGCCAACCAAAUCAUUGUACAGAAAACCUGGAGACUAGUUGCUGCAGUUAGCUUUUCCGAGUGUUUAUUUAAUAUAUAUGUAUACUGAUGAA